GUUAGUGAAAGAGCUAAGGAUGACCUUAUCUAUCAACAUUUUCAUUGUGACAAUCAUUUAGGUCUUAAUAAUGUUAUGGUACAACUUAAACCGUGAAACGCGUUUGUCGAAUUGUCAGUACCGGCAAAGCUGACAAAACAAGACUCCAUGUUGGUGCAAUCUGGCGAUAAACGGCGAGAGUAGUGAUUCAUGUGAUGCUUUGAGCGGCAUUUUGGCUGAGCGUCACUGGACGAGAGAUGUCUGGAGGCUCCUUACCCAGGGUACAAGACAGGAAGCAGGACGAGAGAUGUCUGGAGGCUCUGGUACCCAGGGUACAAGACAGGAAGUAGGACGAGAGAUGUCUGGAGGCUCUGGUACCCAGGGUACAAGACAGGAAGCAGGAGCGCUUGAUUUUUCCGUCCCCGGAAAAGAAUAACAAUGAUCAAGUAUGUGCAAUAAGUAUGUAGAACUACUUCUAAAAUUGUGAAGAAUGUACUGCAACAACUGAGAGCAAUGCUCCCAUGGAUACUAUCAAUGAAGAGUAUGCUUAGUAAUUGCAGUUUAUUGCAUUUCUUUUUCACUUAUAAUGCAAUGCCAUUAUAGUAGACAGCAUUUAUGGACAUGCUUAUUUAUUUUAUCAAAGAAUUAGAGAAUGAUUUUGUUGAAUUAAGCUUACCAAAAAAAUCAUGGAUGCAAAUAUUGCUGUAAAGCAUAUUUCAAGUUUCUAUGGAACACUAUGAACUACCUUUGACACAACUAAAAGUGUCCUCAAAAGAAACAUUUUGGAGAAUACAACGAGUACAAUUACAUGAUUUCUGCUUUGCUAUGGAGAAAAUUUCAUUACUUGCAUUAUAAACAUAGUUUAAAGACAAACACUACAAAGUACUUGUUAAAACUGUUGAUAAGAAUAGUAUGUUGAAUAUUCCUGACAGUGUAAGUCAUAUCAAUGCCCUUUGAAAAAGUUGUGUAGCAUUUUAAAUCAAACACCUUGUAACAACACAGAAGCUGGCUAUGUCAACAUGUCAAUAUUCUUUUUAUAAUGCACUUGUCAACUGAUAAAUUAUAAACGACAAAACAUUCUUAGAAAACAUAAGUCAGUUCAACAAAAACAAGUAAUCAACAAUAAAAAGAAAGAACAUGGGGUAACCUGCUAAGAAAAAAAACUGAAACUAAACAGAAAAAUAUAAAUCAAUGGACCCCACAGAAAAAAAACUACUGGCAGCAUUUUCUCAAAAAUACAAAUCCAUGGAUCCUAGUGAUAAACAUAAACAUCUUGUAGAACGUGUUCACAAAUAUAGAUUAAUGAAUCCUAACAAUAAAAACAAACGUCUUGCAGCACGUGUUCACAAAUAAGAUAGAUCCAUGAAACCUAAUGACAAAAUUAACUUCUUGCAGCAUGUGCUAACAAAAAUAAAUCAAUGAAACCUCAAAUGAAAAAAAAAAUACAUAGAUUGCCGUAACGGUCGAAACAAAUUGAAACAAAUACUGAGAAACCAUUGCUCAUUCAAGAGUAGUAGUAAUGCCAAAAGGACAGCAGAUAAAAAUCAAAUAUUCCACUAGUAAUGCACCGUGUACAGACGUGUCCUAUCCCCCCCCCCCCCACCCCCCCUGCGUAGUCGAUUUAUCUUGACGCGCGAUACCGCUGGACUAACACAGGGUUUUCAGUUGUGAACAGUUCCUCUCGGCUGCAAGAGGAACGCCUGACUACAUUUGACUGCCAACCCGACCCGCGUAGGACAUGGCCUCUUUUCGGAUGUGCCCGUUUCGCCGAUUCAACUUUACCAAGUUGUUUCAGACUCUCGUUGCAAUAUACAUCGCGUUGACGAUGUUAUUUUUCGUUUAUAUGCUUUUGGAUCCAAGGAAUGGCGCAGAACGCAUUAAACGCGAUGUUGCUGAGGAGCUUGAACAAAUGCACCAAAAGCUGGUAGCUGCAUUCUUGCAAAAGCGAGUCCCACCUAUGAAAACCCUACUUCAGUUGCAAAGCCUCAUCCACAGAAUAGACCCCCGAAUUAACAUCAGCCAAUCACGUGACAUUCAGGUACAACCAAAUACGGUAGUAUGUCCUGAAAGGUACAACGGGCCAAGGGCUGGGUACCCUUUCUUCCACAAAGGAUGGGUGAUGACAAACUGUUCGUUUGCCAAGGCUAUUGAAAACGUGAUAACAAUCUCCAUAAAUACCUUAGGAUACCCUGGGGGCGAUCUCAAACAAAUUGAUAGAGUUCUUCACGGAAUAAAGCAAUUAUACCCCACCGUUAAAGUACUUGUAGCGCUUAAACCAGAGGCAAAGAGCCACAUAUCAAGAGCACAGCUAACCGAUGUUGAGUUUCUGAUUUCGAACGCGAAUUCAGCGAAAACAUGGAAUCUACUCCUUGCCAAAAUUGCCACGCCGUAUGUGCUGAUUGCUCGGGACGUGGUGCAUUUUAAUUGGCUGACCCAGCUCGAGAGACAGAUCCGGAUACUCAGUGAAAUUCCAGGCGUGGGUGUGGUCGGGGGAUCAUACCGUAAUCUUAGCGGUCACUGGCAUGCGGGAUGUUACCAGGCAACCGUGAAAAACUACGUUCUAGGAUACCAGGAUGGAUAUUACCAUUCCAGGAAUUCGUGCAUGUUUUGUGACCACCUCCAAGGACCCUUUGUUGCUAUGACGGAUUACGUGAAAAAGUUGGGAUUUGACGAAUCUAUAUCUAAUUACGUAAUAUUUGAGGAUUUUUUCUUGCGUGUUGGCGAUGACCAAAAGUUCGUUAUGGCUUGUCCGGAUGCUAUGUACUUCAUGAAUGAUUACUCACAGGUUACGAGAAGAGAUGUGUGGCUUACUUUGGCUAAGAAAUGGCAGUUGAAUAGAGUCGUCCUGUCUACAGGAAAGACCCAUUCCUUCUCUUGUAGUGAUUUAGAUUUUAGGUGCGAACGAAAGGUCACCAAGUCUUUUCUUCUGCCAGUCUGCUGUCUGGAGCUGUACACUGAAGCCCUCAAAUUUUUCAAGGACUUUUUAGAUAAACACAAUGUCCACUUUGAACUGGAUUCAGGGUCCGUUUUGGGCGGUGUAAAAUUUAAUGGUAUUUUGCCGUGGGACUUGGAUAUGGAUAUUUCAAUCUUAUCGCAAAACGUAAGUAUAUUUGGAAAACAAGAAACACAAGAACUGUUUAAAAGAGAAGGGUAUACCUUCAAAAAUUACGAGCCUCCAACAGUAAAAGAAGACGGAAGCUUUAGUGGAGGUUUUCUCCGUAUAUUUUCACCUGGUGGUGACAUUUACAUAGAACUCUGGGGAAUGUCCGUUCUUACAAAUCCAUCCAAAAACUUUCUCCCCCCCGAACUUCGCAAACCAGAGUUGUAUACCAAGGCGAACAUCAGGGGCAUCUGGGUAAACACCGCAUACAGUCCUGGGUUCUACUCGAGAGGAAGGUACGGACGAGAGGUGCUGAAACACGCCCAAAGCUGGCUACAAGUCAAAGGCAAGAAAAAUAGUUGGGCUUCCUACGAUAGCGGGGCGUUUUCCUCGUGUGAUAACCCUAAGCAUCACAGUUGCUUGGACGAUUUCCCUGGUGAUGGGAACCUGCCUUUCAUCGUGCAGUAACCAUAGUAUUAGCGUCACGUGAUAACCCUAAGUGUGACCGGGUGGUAUUUUGGGUUAUUUUAGAUUUUUGGAUUGCGAUUAUAAUUGUUUUACGUAUUUUACGGAUUGUUUCUCAAACGUGAUUCUAAUUCGAUCCGUACACGUUUAGGAAUUUACUUUCAACAUGUUUCAAAUUCCUUUAGAUUAGUAUCAAUAGCUUGAUAGUGCUAAUUGAAUCAAGUAAGCGUCCUUUUACCAUUUCCCAGGAAGAUUAGUCUCUAAAUUUGACAGGACAAUGGACGCUGAGUAAUUUGAACGGUAGUAAAUGUUAGCGUCCCUAGAAAAAUGCGCGUCCCCAAGCGAGUAUAAAAGCGGCUGUUUUUACAGUAUCUGUUAGUUUUUUUUAGUACCGUUGAGCAAAGGAGACGCAUUGCUUGCGCGGCGUGAUGCGGGAGCGAGAAAUGCAGUUGCUCAGGGAAGACAGUCAGAAGAGAUAAGCUACAAGCUUAGAGCGCUGUCCGUACGGGCCUGUCAUGCCAGUUGUGUUCAGUUUGAUUUACCGGUUGUAAGUACUUUGUUUUUAAAACUAGCCUUUGGUUUAGGUCACCUUUUCUCCGGAUUUGACUAUGUUUGUUAUCACUUAAACGUUGUUAUUCAAUUUGUUAAUAAAUCCUUAUAAGUCCA